AUGGGCGACUCUGAGGGACACAUUGACUUUCAACUUUACCGCUACACCCCCUCGGUGGCGGCGGCUGUGAUAUUCAUCGUUCUGUUUCUAUUGACGACUGCCUUCCAUCUCUAUCAACUCAUCAAAUGCCGCGCCUGGUAUUUCAGUGCCUUUGUCCUCGGGGGAAUCUUGUACCGAUUUACUCCAUUCAAACGAUCCUCAUUCUACUUGCACCCCCCUCUCUACGCUGCGUCGAUUUAUAUGGUCCUCGGAAGAUUGAUCCUCUACCUUCGCGCCGAAAGCUUCAGUAUCGUGCCGUUGAAAUGGAUGACAGGGAUUUUCGUGACGGGUGAUGUGAUUGCGUUCGUAAUGCAGGCAGCAGGAGGUGGUAUUAUGGCAAGUGGAACCAUAACUGCGAUGAAGACUGGGGAGCAUAUAACGAUCGGAGGCCUUUGUGUGCAACUUGUUUUCUUCUCUUUCUUCCUGAUCACCUCGGUUGUCUUUCACAAACGUAUACGCUUGCAACCCACCCGGCAAACAAUAGACGCGAGAGAAGUCCAAGGCCUCCAUGUCAUGCGCAGUUGGGAAUCUGUUCUUUGGGGAUUAUAUCUUUCGAGCAUUUUGAUUUUGAUACGAUCAGUCUUUCGGCUCAUCGAAUAUGCGCAGGGGAACGACGGCUAUCUGAUAAGCCAUGAGGCUUUCAUGUACGUCUUUGACUCGACGCUGAUGUUCUUUGCAAUGGUGGCGAUCAACGUAUUUCACCCUUCUGUGAUAUUGUCCCAGGGUGACAAGGGGGGGGCCGCCACUCACUCGAAGCUUUGA